AUGGCCUCGCUGGUGUCCAUGAGAAGCCUGACGGCAGCUCACCGACUAGCUCACAUGGUAGCACUGCCCUCGCUCAUGCUACAGAGCUUGCAGCGAGAUCUGUCGGGCAUCUGGGCGCGGAUGGAGGAGCUCUUUCCCUCGCUAGUCUGGGCAGUACCCAAGAGCAGGGUCUCCCACUCUCGCAAGAGUAUGCGAUCGGCCAACAAGGGCUUGAAAGCCAGAAGCAACAUUGUCCAUUGUCCCUCUUGUUCGCAGCCUAAGCUGGCCCAUCACUUUUGUCCCCAUUGCUACAGCCAAUUGAGCAGAGCGUUCAAGGCCCGCAACCAUCAACAGACUGCACUGGCAUGA